UCACACGAGGGGUAUUUGAGAGAGAAUGUGGGGCAGGAGCGGUCAGUGUGGAGCCAUGAAGGGCAGAGGACUGCUGGUGCUGUGGGUGCUGCUGUUGUUAGGCUGUGGGUUGGGGGUCGAGGGUUACUCACAUGGGCAGGUGACUGAGAGCUGUGUGAGUAUGGAACCUCAGCACGGAAGCAUCCCUCAGACCUCAGUGUCCCCUUUCAGAGUGAGCACAGAGAAGACCAACUACACCGCCGGACAGGACGUCACUGUGUCCCUCACUGCCACUUCCUCUGACGUGUUUGAAGGCUUCCUGCUGCAGGCUCGGGAGACGGCCAGUGGUGCGGCUGUGGGCUCCUUCCACUCUGCCCCCUCUGGGACUCACACCCUCACCUGUGGGGGAAAAGCAAGCUCGGCUCUGGCUCACUCUUCAAGUUCGGGUAAGAAAUCCAUCCAGGUGAAGUGGAGACCUGUGAGCGACCGGGCUGUGAAGUUCUACGCCACCUUUGUGAAGACUAAAAAUACAUACUGGGUGGCUGUGGCCAGUCCUCAGGUCCAGUUCAGCGGAAGUUACAGCGGCUCCUCCACAGCCCAGCCCACCACUACUGGUCUGGACAUCUCAGCGGUGGGCUGUGGAGAGUCUAAGGUGUGCUUCCAGAACCCUUCAGGCUGUGACCCAGUUCAGAGCCCUGCUAACUGCUACUUCCUGUCAGCCAUGCCGGUGUCCUCUGGGUCCUCUGCCAUCCGGUACCAGAUGUCCGGUCCCUCUGGCGGCUACGUGGCCUUCGGCUUCUCAGACGACCAGGAGAUGGGAAAUGAUGACAUAUACAUUUGUGUUCUGGACAGCAGUGGGCAGGUGCAGAUACAGCACGCCUUCUCCACCGGCACCACCACACCACAGACGAUUUCUCUGGGUGAUGUUUCAGACAUACAGACGUCGGUGCAGGACGGAGUGAUCAGAUGUUCCUUCACCUCCAGUAACAGCAUCUCCACCCAGAGGAGCAGCAGCCCCACCUACUACCUCCUGUACGCACACGGACCAAGCAGCAACGGACAGAUCCAGAUCCACUCAGGGACAUUCGUCAGUAGGAGCAGAGUGGACGUGACCACACCAGGACAGGUCCAGAGCUCCCAGGCGCCUCUCAUCAUUAAAGCCCACGGUGCUUUGAUGCUGGUGGCCUGGAUGUUCGUGGGAUCCCUGGGUAUGAUGGUGGCCAGGUUCAACAAGAAACUGGCUCAGGGUCACAGGCUCUGUGGGAAGGACAUGUGGUUUGUGGUGCACGUGUUGUUCAUGUGCUUGGCUGUGGCAGCCACCAUCACCGCCUUCGUCCUGGCCUUCGUGAGCGGACGCACCUGGUCUGGGGGGGCACACCCAGUGUUAGGCUGUCUGGUCAUGAUCCUGUCCUUCUUCCAGCCAAUAGGAGCUCUGGCACGAUGUAGCCCUCACCAUCCAAUGCGCUUCUUCUUUAACUGGGCUCAUGCUCUGAACGCUCUGGCAAUAAAAGGUUUAGCAGUGGGAGCUAUUUUUACCGGACUCCAGCUGAUUGACGGGACUCAGAGCCAGUGGCUGCCGAAGGUGAUGGGAGGUUUUGUGGCGUGGGAAGCUAUCUACUUCCUCCUGUCCGACCUGAACUUAAAGUGGAGCCAAAAGAGUGAAGAUACGAAUCGACUAGAAGUGAUCAUGGGCGGUCCCCUGGUUCCUGGGCUCUUCAUCCUGGGGAACCUGACCUUCCUGGUGGCUCUGCUGGUGGGCAUCGGCAUGUCCUGACCAACACUACUGCACUUUUUCAGAAUCCAUUUGAUCUAAUCUUAUUGUAUGUGUCUUUUAUAUUUUUGGAAUGAUCAGUAAAGUGAAUAACAGAAUAAACUACAUUAUGCAAAACAUUCAAGUGGGACUAAACCUAAACUCCUCCAUAACUAUAUUUCAAAUAGAGCUGCUAAACUGGGCAGUACGUGGAGGACUGAAGAGGAGAGUGAGGGGGGAGGAGAGGCGGGGUCUGGGGGUAUAAGGAACAGUGGCCACGUUUACAUGUUUUUAAAUUCCAAAUUAAUUGUUCUGAAUCUGAAUAUUUUAAUUCCAAAUUGAGGUUUACAUGGAAAACACGUUAAAUGGCCUUUAUUUAAUUCCACACAGCGUCUGGGAGCUUCUGACUGGACAGGAGGCGCGUUAACGUAUUUACGUUGACAGGAAGAAAACACACUCUCCAGCUGCUACUGAAGUAUAUUCUUAUU